AUGAACUCUGAUUCAAAUUCUUCUAGUUCAUCUAGUUCAGGGUUAUUUGAUUACAUGGUGAACGACUAUGUAGAGUGGCAUGAAUCAAUUACCCAAAGGCGAAAAGAAGAUGAAUUUAUCGAGGAAGCGAUCAAUAUAGCUGUUGUUCCCUUUGUAACAUCACCUUACCAGGUCCCCUUCACUCUUGAACCUACGUACCAAAGGUGGUAUGUACCAAGAGAUCGAGAAUAUGCUGAUAUUCAGUUAUAUAACGAUUACUUUAGUCCCCAACCAUUGUACCCUGAUAAUAUGUUUCGUCAACGGUUUCGCAUGCGUAAGAAUGUGUUCACACGCAUUGUUAAUAAACUAAGCGAAAGUGAUGUUUACUUUCAACAAAGGCCGAAUGCCACCGGAAGACUAGGUGCAUCCCCCCUCCAAAAAUGCACUGCAGCAAUUCGAGCAUACGGUACAUCUGCCGAUGCAGUUGACGAGUAUCUUAAAAUUGCGUCAAGUACUGCAAGAGAAGGUCUUGCUCACUUUGUUGAAGGGGUCGUAGCUCAAUUUGGACCAGAGUACUUGAGGAGAGCGAGUAAUAUGGAUACUGAACGACUCCUCCGUGAAAGUUAUGUUCGUGGAUUUCCUGGUAUGAUGGGCAGCAUUGAUUGCAUGCAUUGGGAGUGGAAAAAUUGUCCGCGUGCAUGGAAAGGAAUGUAUCAAGGUAGAAGUAAAACAACAACGGUGAUCUUGGAGGCUGUUUCUUCGCAAGACUUGUGGAUAUGGCAUGCUUUUUUUGGCACUCCAGGUUCUUGUAAUGAUAUAAAUGUCCUCCAACGGUCGCCGGUGUUCUCUGAUAUAUGUGAGGGAAAAGCUCCAGAGGUUACCUUCAAUGUCAAUGGAAAUACAUACAAUAUGGGUUAUUAUCUUACAGACGGUAUCUAUCCGAAAUGGGCAACAUUUAUCCCAGCAAUCAAACAUCCACAAACUGGUAAGCACAAAUUAUUUACCAAGAACAGAGAGUUAUCGAAAGGACGUUGA